CAAAGAACCAGGAAACAUUUCAGUCCUUUACAGUUCUGAGAUAACGAAACUUAUCGAGCGAAGUUGCUGAACUCUUAUGUGUUUCUUCUGUUUCUGUGCACAUGUGGUGAAAUGGCAGAAGCCAGCAUUUUAUGGACUCGGGACCAGUUCAUUUGUCCAGUGUGUCUUGAUCUUCUAAAGAAUCCAGUGACUAUUCCCUGCGGACACAAUUACUGUAUGACAUGUAUUUCGGACUGCUGGAAUCAUCAGGAUCAGAAGACUUUCUACAUCUGCCCUCAAUGCAGACAGAAGUUCACUCCAAGACCUGCUUUAAAUAAAAACACCAUGCUGGCUGAAGUGGUGGAGAAACUCAAGAAGACUAAACUACAAGUCGCAGUUCCCACUGACACUGGACCUGGAGAAGUAAAGUGUGACGUCUGUACUGAAACAAAACUCAAAGCCGUCAAGUCCUGUUUAGUGUGUCUGAACUCUUACUGUCAAAGCCACCUUGAACAGCAUGAGAGUUUUUUUAAAGACAAGGGACACUAUUUGAUGGAUGCCACUGGACGACUUCAGGAGAUGAUCUGCCCUCAACAUGGUCGACUGCUAGAGGUUUUCUGCCGCACUGACCAGCACUGUAUUUGUAUGCUGUGUACAAUGUAUAAGCAUAAAAACCAUGACACUGUCUCAGCUGCAACAGAGAGAACAGAGAAAGAGAGACACUUGAAAAAUACACAGGUAAAGUACCAGCAGAGAAUCCACGAGCGAGAGAAGGACAUCCAGGAGCUGAGAGAUGCUGUUGAGUCUCAUAAGCGCUCUGCACAGGCAGCAGUGAAGGAAAGCGAGAUGAUCUUUUCUGAUCUGAUUCGCUCCAUUAAGAAAAACCGCUCUGACAUGACACGGCUGAUCAGAGAUCAGGAAAGGGCUGUGGUGAGUCAAGCUGAAGGACUCUUGGAGCGAUUGGAGCAGGAGAUUGCUGAUCUGAGGAGGAAAAACGCUGAGCUGGAGCAACUUAAACACACAGAUGAUCACAUCCAUUUCCUGAAGGGAUUUCAGUAUCUGUCUGCACCUCUUGAACCUACAGAGAGAAUUACUGUCACAUCACCUCUCUCUGUUAAUGAUGUAAGACAAUCUAUCUGUCAACUGAGAGAGAAAAUAGAGAAGUUCUGUAAAGAGGAAAUCAAAAGGAUUUCUGUUAAACACAUCAACAUUAUUCUGAGAACCAGAAAGGACUUCCUACAACAUUCUCAUCAGUUCACAUUUGAUCCAAACACAGUAAAUAAACACAUUCAUCUGUCGAAGAGGAACAGAUUGGCUACAUACACCGACACAGUCCAGCGGUAUCCUGAUCAUCCGGACAGAUUUGAUGUUUAUUAUCAGGUGCUGUGUGGAGAGAGUGUGAAUGGAUGCUGUUACUGGGAAGUGGAGUGUAAUGGUGAUGUGGGUAUAUCAGUGUCAUAUAAACACAUCAGUCGCAAGGGAACUGAUACAAAGUGCUUGUUUGGAUAUAAUGAUCAGUCCUGGAGUUUGUUCUGCUCCUCUUCCAGAUACUCAUUCAGGAACAAUGAUAUGGAGACUGAUCUGCCUGUUUUCUCCAGAUACUCUAGAAUAGGAGUGUAUGUGGAUCACAAAGCAGGAACUCUGUCCUUCUAUGGUGUCUCUGACACAAUGACCCUCAUCCAAAGAGUUCAGACCACAUUCACUCAGCCUCUCUAUUCUGGGUUUAGGCUGUACAGUGGAUCAACGGUAAAACUCUGUGAUUUAACAAUAUAGAAUAUUCCUAUAUAGCUUUAAUCAGUAAUAGUAAGAUGUUAGCCUGUUCUCACUCCUGAGAUUUCCAAUGGCACUCGUUCAUGAGCUCUGUGUGUCAUUAUAAAGUGCUUUUUAAUGUCUGUUUACCAAUGCUGAUUGUUUUCAGUUAAACCUUUGGAUGAGAUUGAUACUUUUAUGAUCAAAGCUAGUUUCUCAAAAUAUCUAUAUGUGUCUAUAAUGUGUCUGUACUUUUAUUUACUAUAUUUAUUAUACAUUUAAUUAUAUGAAUUUAUUUAGCUGUUCCUGCAUCUGGAAAAUUAAGAGAUAUUAUUGUGUUUAUAAUAGAUGUUUUUGAUGACCUAAAACCACCCACCCCUCCUUGAAUGUGGUCACAUCUCAUUCAGAAUAUAAAUUUGAACUUUAGCAUGUUGCAUUUGUGACACACCAAUGCCACACCAAGCUAAAGGCAUUUCACAACCGAGCUGUUGCUUCUUUUGGUGACAAACUUUGAACGUGCCAGAUUGUUACGCAGACUGGGACGAUGAUUGAAUUUUGGUCUGGUCCUCGUACAAACUAAUA